GCCACACAGCACGGGGCUAACCAGCACAGUGAGCUGAGGAGAGACACUUCCAGCUCUUUGAGGAGCUAUACCAUAUCACAUCAGCUGAAAAAUGGCAGCCGUGGACAAAGAUGUGGCUGAGAAGUUUCUGGACAGCAACCCUGACUUUGCCAAGCAGUACUACGAUACCAAGUUCCGCCCGAAGGUCAUCUCGGACCUUUUCAAAGACAACAAGACUUCCCAGGUGAACACCAGCAGCUUCCACGAGCUGAGCACAGUGGAGGAGAGUGAGAUCAUAUUUGACAUGGUCAGAGACCUGCAGGACAACAUUCAGAUGGAGAAGGCUAUCUUCAACUUCAUGAAACAUCUCAGCUUCAUGAUACGGUCAGAGAAGAUGAGCCUGUUCAUGUACCGGAUGCGUAACGGCACGGCCGAGCUGGCCACGAGACUCUUCAACGUGCACAAGGACGCCACCUUGGAGGAGUGCCUGGUCCAGCCAGACAGUGAGAUAGUCUUUCCCAUGGACAUCGGCAUUGUGGGCCAUGUGGCCACCACCAAGAAGACUGUCAACAUCCCAGAUGUCUCAGAGAGCAGUCACUACAGUGACUUUGUGGACCAGAUCCAAGAAUACCAGACCAAGAGUGUCUUGGCUACCCCCAUCAUGAACGGCAAGGACAUGGUGGCUGUUAUGAUGGCUGUGAACAAGAUUGGAGCUCCACACUUCACUAAGCAGGAUGAGGAGACUCUGUUGAAGUAUCUCAACUUUGCCAACCUGAUCCUAAGAGUGUUCCAUUUGAGCUACCUUCACAACUGUGAGACCAGAAGAGGACAGGUCCUGCUCUGGUCUGCCAGUAAAGUGUUUGAGGAGAUGACAGAUAUUGAGAGACAGUUCCACAAGGCCCUCUAUACCAUCAGGGAGUUCCUUAACUGUGAACGUUACUCUGUUGGCCUCCUGGACAUGACCAAGACUAAGGAAUUCUAUGACCUUUGGCCUGUGCUAAUGGGAGAAGUGCCUCAAUACGAUGGACCCAAGACACCUGAUGGCAGAGAAAUAAACUUCUACAAAGUGAUUGACUACAUUUUACAUGGAAAAGAGGAGAUCAAAGUUUUACCCAACCCUGCUCCGGACCACUGGGCUCUGGUCAGUGGCCUGCCCACCUACGUGGCUAAGGAGGGACUGAUCUGUAACAUUAUGAACGCGGCACAAGAUGACUUCUUCAGCUUCCAGAAAGGGCCCGUGGAUAGCUCCGGCUGGAUGAUUAAGAACGUCCUGUCCCUCCCCAUCGUGAAUAAGAAAGAGGAAAUAGUCGCAGUAGCCACCUUCUACAACAGGAAAGAUGGGAAACCCUUUGACGAGCAGGAUGAAACUCUGAUGGAGUCUCUCACCCAGUUCCUUGGCUGGUCUGUGCUCAACACAGACACCUAUGACAAGUGGAACAAGCUGGAGAACAGGAAGGACAUCUUCCAGGACAUGGUGCUGUACCACAUCAAGUGCAGGACGGAUGAGACCCAGAAUGUAUUGAAUACCAGGGAGAGGUAUGGAAAGGAACCACAUGAGUGUGAGGAGGUGGAACUGGAAGCAAUCCUGUCGGAAGUUCUACCACCCUCUUCCCAGUCGGAGCUCUUUGAGUUUCACUUCUGUGACUUUGAGCACAGUCAUCUAGACCUGGUCAAGUUAGGCAUUAAGAUGUACUAUGAGUUGGGAGUGGUGGACAAGUUCCACGUCCCCCGUGAGACCCUCACCAGGUUCUGUUACUCCCUCAGUAAGGGCUACAGGCAGAUCACCUACCACAACUGGAGUCAUGGCUUCAACGUGGGCCAGACCAUGUUCACUCUGCUCAUGACAGGUGACCUGAAGCGUUAUUACACAGAGCUAGAGACCAUGGCCAUGGUAACAGCCGGCUUAUGCCACGAUGUCGACCACAGAGGCACCAACAACCUCUACCAGAUGAAGUCUGGAAACCCUCUCGCAAAGCUCCACGGCUCCUCCAUCCUGGAGAGACACCAUCUGGAGACUGGGAAGACCCUGCUGAGAGACCCUGCCUUAAAUAUUUAUCAGAAUCUCAGUCGUGCUCAGCACGAGCAUGUCAUUCAUCUGAUGGACAUCGCCAUCAUCGCCACUGACCUCGCUCUCUACUUUAAGAAAAGAACCAUGUUCCAGAAGAUCGUGGACCAAUCGAAGACCUACGAGACCUGGGAUGAGUGGACCAAGUACAUGACGCAGCAGACCACUCGCAAGGAGAUAGUCAUGGCUAUGAUGAUGACGGCCUGCGAUCUGUCUGCUAUUGCCAAACCAUGGGACAUCCAGAGCAAGGUGGCGCUGUCUGUGGCUGCAGAGUUCUGGGAGCAGGGUGACCUGGAGAGGACUGUACUGGAACAGCAGCCUAUUCCCAUGAUGGACAGGACUAAAUCAGCUGAUCUUCCCAAGAUGCAGUGUGGUUUCAUCGAUUUUGUCUGUGCUUUUGUGUACAAGGAGUUCUCCCGUUUCCAUGUGGAGAUCACUCCCAUGCUGGACCGGCUGCUGAACAACAGGAAGGAGUGGAAUGCUCUGAAGGAGAUACACGAAGCGAAGCUGGCUGCUCUGGAGGAGGCCAAGACAGUCAAGGAGGAGGCAGCUGUUACAGCCACCGCAGCCAAGCAGGCGAGUGCAGCUGAAGCAGCGCCCCAGUCAAAGACCUGUGUUGUCAACUAGACUUGAGAGAUACCAGUCCUGGACCAAAGUGACUGUACCAAGACAGGAGUUUUACGUUCCUGUACCAGAUAUCGGUCUACUAGAGCUGGUUAGCAUUAGCCUAGCGUAGCCUUACAGUAUGCUGAACUUGAGCCGGUUAGCAUUAACUUAAUAUAGCCUUACAGUAUACUGAACAAGAGCCAGUUAGCAUUAGUUUAGCGUAGACUUACAGUAAACAUAACUAGUACCAAUUAGCAUUAGCUUAGCAUUAUAGUAUACAUAACUAGAGCCAGAUAGCAUUAGCUUAGCAUAGCCUUACAGUAUACUGCACUGUGCUGUACAUUGACCUAUAUAUGGUACCAAGCCAGAGGAUCCACAGGAUGAAGCAGUUCAUGGACAAAUUCAAACACAGCCUAUUCCUGUGCAAUGAAUGUAAAUAUUUAGGUAUUUACUGGAAUUUACCAUGUACUUACACACUCAUUAAUUUGGCAAUGUGAAAUUGACUUCCUUAGAAAUACCGAAUUCAGUUAGCAAAAAAAGGUUGGGUAUCAUUUCCAUAGGCUAAACAAACACUGUAUUCUGAAAGUAUUCAGACCCCUUAACUUUUUCCACAUGUUGAUAUGUUACAGCCUU